AUGGAGAUUUUUACAUUUGAUAAUUGUGACCAUUCUAAGGAAUUCUAGCUUCUUGUUUAGUAUUAUUCGGUAUUUGAUGAAGAUUUAGAAUAAUCGAACAGGACAAAAUCAGUUGUUGAUUUAUUAGAUGCAGGUUUAGAAAUUUAAGAAAAGUUUCGCAAUAAAGCCAAAUAAGAGAAAUAGAGUAACUAAACUUAACAUUUAUUAGCUUAGAAGAAUUUUAAGACUCCUUUGGAUUUCCUUAGAGAUUCCUUAAAAAAUAAAAUUGAUAAUACUCUUUCAUUUUAGCAAUUAUUGAUCUUUUCGAAUCCGCAAGUGGUUAAGAGUUUUGGUAAGCCAAAGGUGGUGCAUCAUAACGGGGAGUUUUUGAUUGUGGGUGGAUCUUUAGGAAAUAUUCUGUAUUACUCAUAAUAAUAGAUGGAUAUUAUCAUUUAGUAAUAGAAAAUUGGAGCUGUAACUGCUUUAGACUCUUUGAAUGAGUUGGUGGCUGUAGGUUAUGAAAGUGGAUGGAUUAGUUUAGUGAACAUGAAAAAAAAGAAACAUUUACACACUUGUUAGAAUAUUACUAAAUCUAAAAUAAUAGUUUUGAAAUUCAUAUUUUAAUCUAAAAAUUUUUAUAAUGUUAUAACUUCAGAUGAUGUUGGAAUUAUAAGGAUUGUAAAUUUUCGAAAAGGGAUGUUGGGAUUCGAUUACCAAAUACAACUAACUAUACCUAGAUAGUAGUUUCCAAUGCUAAACAUAAUAGUAUUGGAUAAAAGCGAAACAAAAGAGUUUAUGGGUGAUUUAUAUGAAAAAUCAAGUCGAAUAAUUGGGUUAUGUUCUCUGAGCAAGUUUUAUCUUAUUCUUACAUAUAAGGAUGAGGAGGAGAAGUUGAAAUCAUUAAUAGAAAUCGAAAAUCCACAUAUAUCAGGUCCAGAGAAACCCUUCUAUUGUUAUCUCUCUUAUGGUUAUGGUGUUUUACCUCCUCCAAAUUAAGAGUCAGAAUAAAAAUGGAAAGAUAAACGAUUGAUUAUUUUACUUUGUUGGAAUUGCCAUAUGUUCAUAUUAGUUAGAAGUAAUGAUUAGGCAAGAUACAUGACACUCAAACCAUUGAUUUUUAAAUAAUAAAUACAUGCAGCUUAUUUUGUAGAGUAAUCCAUCAUAGAAGUUAUCACUACAAAUCAAAAUAUAUACUUGUUUAAUACACUUCAUUUGGAAUUGCAUAUUGCUCCAAAAGGAAUAGGAUAAAUACCAUAUUUCAGAUAAAAAAAGAAUUGGCCUGAUUCUCCAUUUACUUCUCUUUAUCAGGUUGAAAUUUUGAAUAAAAAGGAAAAAAAGGAAUUGAAAUAAUAUCCAUUGCAAAAUUAGAUAUAUGCUUUAAAUAAAUUAACAAGAUAAAUCCAUAUUUUAGUUGAAGGAUCAAUAGUUAUAGGUAGUAUAAACAAUUUAGAAUAAACUAUUGAUAUUUUUAUUUAGAAUAAAGAUUGGGCCAAGGGAAUGCUAUUGAUUCUAGCUUUAAUGGAUGGCAGCAUGAAAUCCACUCCAAUCAAAUUUAACAUUUAGGUUUUAAAGAAAAAAGUACUGGAAAUAGCCACUCAUUAUAUUAAAGUAGUUUUGGAGGAAAUCAAAACUACUUUAGAUAAACACAAAACUUUGAUUUAUACUCCAAUAUCUUAACUUAGUCAUUAAAAGGAUGUGGAAAAAGUGAAGACACUUCUGUCAAUGCUUGUGGAUUUUCUUUUGAGAGUUUCAAGUGAUAUCUUAUUUAAUUAAAUAUAUUGUAUCAUAAAGAAAUUUUUAAAUGGAGAUGUCAGUAUAUUAUGCAAUGAGUUAAGUUUGUAUCUAAAGAAUGGAAAGGUAAAAAUGAUUGAUGCAAAUGAAGAAACUAUAAGUAAUCUAUUUAUUAUUAUUGAAAUUAGAUGAAAUUUUGCUAUAUUAUGUCAAAAAAGGAGAAUCAUAAUGUAUUGAUGCAUUCAUCUCUAAAAUUGAAUAUUCAAAAAUUAAUACUGAAUAAUUAAUUCAACUCUGUCUUUUAAAUAAAUUGACUACCAGUUUGAGUUACGUAUGCACAAGGUCUGGGGAUUUCUUAACUCCUUUAGCUAAACUAUGGGGAAUCAUUUAACAAGACAUUAAAAAGAAGAAUCCAUAAUUGGUGAUAGAAUAAGGAAAAAACAUCAUUUUAUAUUUGGAAUAUACUUUGCAUAUUGAGGAAUUAAUAAAAGAGAAAUCUGAUUAGAUAUCUUUAUGGUUAUUUGAAACUCCAACUUUGUUUUUAUUAAUGAGCAUAGAUUUUGCUGGUUGCGUCUAAUUAUGUUAUAAGUUUUUUAUACCACCAUAUGACUAAUUUUUAGAUAAGGAACGAUUAAAGAAAUAUUAUGUUAACAUGACGUAAGCUUUUUAAAAACUUAAAACUAUAAAAGAUUAAAAUGAUUUAAAAUUUUAAUUGACCUAAUUAUAAAUAAAAACACUGCCUGAUGCAAUUGGAUGGGAAAAGAUGAUCAAUUAAGUUGGUAGAUCCAUUCAAGCAAACAUUUUGAGUAAAGGAUACACAGAAUAACUAUAAAAUAAAUAAUUAACUGAAUUAUUCUUAGAUUUAGUCAGUGAACAUCGACAUUUAUUAUUUUUACCACUUCAAUGUUUACCUCUACCAAAUAUAUUACAUAAUGAUGAACCAACUCUUAAAUAUUGUUUGAUUUAUGCAUACAAUCAAUUUAUAAUCAAUCUAUUUAAGAAAUAUCCAAUGGUUGAUAAAGAGGAUAUUUUAAAUUCAAUGGCAUCAGAUGGAUAGUUUGAUUGGGUCAAAAUGUAUUUAAAUGAAGAGCUUAAAAAUUAUAGUAGAACUUUAGAUUUGAGAAUCAAAAUUAAGAAUCAAUUACAAUAUUUCAACCUCAAAGUCAAAUUUGAAAUUUUCACUUGGAUUUCCAAAGUUUUAUAAAAAGAUCCUCCAAUUCCUCAACUUGAUUCUUUUCGAGACAGAAUACUACAUCAUAUAGGAUCUCUAGUGUCUUAUAGUGCUAUUCACACAAGGUCAUUGAUCUCAAAAUAUUUCUAGGCAAAUGAUCUUAGUAUUCUGAAUAAGAUGGGUGAAUUACCAAAAUUGCAAUUAGAAUAUCUAGAAUAAAUAAUGUAAGCUGAUAGAAAAAAGUAUUAAUCCAAUACAGAAUUUUUGAAGUUGUACAUAAAGUUGCUUUGCUAAAUAAAACCAGAGAAAGUGUUAAAGGAACUUUAAGAAUAGGAAUAUCCUUUAGAUGAUAUAAUCGUAGUAUUGAAAUAAUAUCCUGUGCCUAAUGCUUUGGUAUAUUUACAUGAAAGAUCAGGAGCAAUAACAGAAGCAAUCAGUGUAAAACUAGACGACUUUAUUUAGAAAAUACAAUAGAAAGCAUUUUAAAGUAAAGUAUGUAUUUAAUUUGAAUGAUUUAGAGUGAAUUUUAUUGUUAUUUUUUGGAAAUUUGCAACAUUUGCUUUAGGAAUAACAAAUUAGAUGAAUUGGAUGAAUCUUGGGAUAUGGUGACCUAAUGCAUAUUGGAACUCUCAUAAAAUAGAUAUACUCCAUAACCAUACCCAUCUUAUUUGGAGGAAUAUAUUCCAAUAUUGUUAAAGAAGUGGGCAGAAUGCAGCCAUUUGGAUGCCUUUCUUGAUAAAAUUACUACUAAAUACAUGAGAUUAAGUUCAUCUAAACUUAAAAUGACUUUCUAAUCUAUGUAUAAUCAUUUCAAUUUCUCCUCUACCGUUUAUACCAAAUUGGUAGAUAUCAACUUUAUUAAAUGCAUUAAAAACAUGAGAAACCUGGUUCAUUUAUAACUGUAAGGAAAGGGUUUCUUGCCUGGUUGUUAUUAAUGUCAAAGCUAUUAUGAAUAUCAUUUACAAUUGGAAUCAAUCGUUCUUCUAGCUUGUGGUCACACCUUCCAUUAUAAUUGUCUGAUUUUGGAUGAGAAAGCACAUUAUCAUUGUCCAGUUUGUUUGAAGAAUCCUAGAAUCGCUAUGGUUCAUUUCCUUUAUCAAUUGAAAUCCAAAAAAUAUUUACUUAAGACUGAAAAUUAACAAAAAUAAUAAACUUAACAGAAUCAAAACCCUGUGGUUGUGAAUAUCAUUAAAUAAGGAUAAAAAAAACAAUUGGAAAUUGAUGAGAGUCUCAAGCUUAUACAACAUGAAAGUUAGGAAGAAAUUAGCAGAAUGAAAUAAUUUGAAAAGUUAAAAAAAUUUGAAUAAUAAAAAUUGGGUAGAUUGAACAGAGCUUGGUAAGGAGUUAUGCCUUAUUGA